ACUGAAGAAAAUGAGCCGUCGUUGAGCUUAAACAAGGGGCGACUCUGCUCUAUUUCUACCCUUCCAGAAUCAAGUCUCGGGUUCAUUUCUGGAGUUCGUUCUUUUCUUCCCCCUUCCUAAGAGACGGGGACAGACAGAUUCAUAGAGAUCCUGAAUCGAAUCAAUCGACAAGUAAAACAGUUUGGUUAUAGCUCAGGAAUUUCCUGAAACGUGAUUCGCUGAUAUCGUUAUCGGCUUUGAAAUGGCGGUUGCCGAUGGGUAGUGAAGAAGGAACAGAGAAAUGUAGGAAAAUUAGGAAAUCUUGAAAAACCAGUGUGAAAAGGGGAAAAACAGUUUCACGAAGCUCCCGAAGGAGUACGAUUUUGACAAAAGUAGCCUUUGACUUCUGCUUUCUUUCAUUGCUUUGAGGAAAACGAAAACCAGCGAGCGAGAAGGAUUCGGGACUUAGAGACCGGAGAAGAUGGGUUCCGAGGAGAGAUUCCAGGCUCCGGAAAGUCACCGGCUCUGCGCUAAUGGGUGUGGUUUCUUUGGAACAGCGGCGACUUUGAACCUCUGCUCCAAGUGCUACAGAGACUUCUGCACCAAGGAAGAACAAGCCGCCUCUGCUAAAGCUGCUGUCGGGAAAUCUCUUAACCCCACAACAUUGGCAACAUCAACGCAGCAACAACAACAACAAUUGGGUCCUUCAUCUUCGCUUAAUUGCUAUGUUUUGGGCUCCUCCGCUUCGUCGUCAUCGUCGGCGGAUUUGAAUUCGACGGCAACCGGAGCGGAGCGGUCGAUGAAGGUGAAGAACAGGUGUGGGUGCUGUAACAAACGAGUUGGGGUGUUAGGGUUCAAGUGCAGGUGCGGGAGUACGUUCUGCGGAGAGCACAGGUACCCGGAGAUGCACGCCUGUUCAUUCGACUUCAAGGCCUUGGGUCGGGAUGCAAUUGCCAAGGCUAACCCUGUGAUCAAGUCCGAGAAGAUUCACAGGUUCUGAGACUGGAAUUGAAAGGCUUGAGUUCAGUUCAGCUCCUCUCAUCUUUAUUUCCAAAGGGUACCUUUUCUUUUAAUUUCUUUUUUUUUUCUUUUCAUUUUCUUUUCAAUUGCUUGGGACCCCUUUGGAUGGACGACUUACUUAAUACAGGCUGUAUGGAUUGCAAAAGUGGAUUCCAUAAUAAAAGUUGAUAGUGGAUUUGUUGUUUGCAAUGAGUUUUCUUUUCUUCGUUUU